UAUCAAGAUGUCAAGGAAUCAUGCUAUCGUUAGAAACCCACCGACAAACCCAAAUACGCUUACAGAAAGUUCAAGAUCGCCAUGAAGCUUACAACAUUAUUAACUGCUCUCGUAUUUGUCGCCGUAGCUAAAGGAGCGCCGAGUGAGGAUCGGAUUUACGGUGGCGCAACAGUCACUACCGCGAUACCUUACUUAGUUUCAAUCACCAUAGACGAACAGCACGUUUGUGGUGGAUGGAUUUAUAGCCCCGAUUGGGUAGUUACAGCAGCUUCCUGUGUCUAUGGGAUCCUACCUAGCCAGCUAAAAGUAGUAGUUGGCCAGGUGUCACUAAUCCAACCUGACAUUGACGAAGUAUGGAUUUCAGUUUUCAGGACCCAUAUUUUCGAGGGUUAUGACAAUGCAACCCAGUUGCACGAUAUCGCAAUGCUACAGAUGGCUACUUCUAUUCCCUUUGUCCCGGCGGCCAACAUUUUGUACGAAGAGCCAGAAGUAGGAAUUCCGGCUGAAUUUGCGGGAUGGGGUGGAACUUUCGAGGGUGGCCUACCAUCUACAAAACUACGUAAAAUAGCAACUGUAACCGUACCUGGUGACUGUUCCUCCUAUACUGCAUUAGAAUUUGCUCCCAACUAUAUGUUAUGCGCCGGUUCGACCACAGACACGAGUUCUCCGUGCCAUUAUGAUGAAGGAUCGCCUUUGGUGCAAACGUUUGGUGGCACAACGUAUGCGGUGGGCAUCAUGUCGAAGAACAAAGGUUGUGGGCUUGGUGCACAACCUACACUCUACACACGACUUGCUUCAUAUUAUUCCUGGCUGUACAGAAUUGGUGGUGCCCAACCAACACCUUAAAUGGCAUCAAUAUCCUGCAUAAUAAAAAUUAACUGUUAUUGUAGUAAUUCCAUGACAUAAGAGAUUUUUUUUUUAAAUACACCUUUUUUCCCCUUC